AUGGCCUACGACGAACCAAUUAUCUCUAGCCCCGACACGUAUGUGAAUACCCCAGAUAGCCAUAUCCGAAUCAACAACUUCCCGGAAUCGGCUUCUGGGGUGACGCCCAUCCAGAUUGUUACUCUCAAUCGACCCGACAAGCUCAAUGCAAUUACAAGUGACAUGAUAUAUACGCUUAUAACCUUUUUCACGGCCAUCGACGUGGAUAACCGAGUCAAAAUCGUCAUCCUCACAGGCGCAGGUAGAACAUUCAGCGCUGGAAUUGACCUUACUAUGGACACAAGCAAAACAAAGGACUUGUUGCCACCGAGUGAGAUGCGAGACCCCGGUGGAACCUUGGCACUUGCUAUGUUUGACUGCAGCAAGCCCAUUAUUGUAGCAUAUAAUGGUCUUGCUGUGGGAAUUGGAAUGACUUCAACUCUGGCUGCCACCAUCCGUAUCGCGCCGCAACACGCAGAAUUUGGGUUCCCUUUUUCACGCAUUGGCCUCACCAUGGAGUCUUGCAGCUCGUAUUUUCUACCCCGGAUGGUUGGAUACAGCAAUGCGACAUACCUUCUAGCUACUGGAAAAAGAUAUCCCGCUCACUCCCCGGCCCUGCAUGGCAUCUUUGCGGAGCUCUUGCCUGAACCCAAGGACGUUAUGCCGCGCGCAAUUGAGCUCGCACAGGAUAUCCUUGAGAACGUGAGCACGAUGGCCGUCCAUCUGAAUCGACAACUUAUCUGGCGAAAUCCCGGAACUGCAGAAGGCGCUCACUUGGUGGAUAGUCCAUUGAUGUAUGACAUGUUCGGCGGAAAGGACCACCUUGAAUUCAAGGCAUCUUUCUUUGGGAAGCGUAAGCCAGCAUUCAAGGAUGUACUGUCCACAGAUGCGCCACGCACAUAUCCUUGGUGGAAGAAGCUGUCAGUACGAAGGACAGCUAGGACUCAGACUCAUCUUCACAAUAAGAUGUGA